CUCCCUCCCUCUCUCUCUCUCUCCUCGCGCACUGACACGACGCAGGACGCAGCGUAACGGUUCCUGAUCACUCAUCGAUGACUCCAGAUUGAUCGUAACUCUCGGCCUGUCUGUGGAGGAAGUCUCGGGCUGUUUUGAAGGUUUCCUCCUGAAGAGUCCUCCGUGAAGUCCAGCCCUCCUCUCCCUCAGACGGACUGGAGUCUCAGCUGGUCUCGCUUGUUUUCCUCCGAGCAGAAAUGUUUAAACCUGGACCCCAAACUUUGAGGCUAAACCGUCAGACCCGGACCCAGGAGCUCUCAUAGGACCCCUGUUUCUGCUGUAAGUCUAAAAGAAGCCUCUAAACCAGACUGUGGAGGUUUUUCCAGAGCGGAAAUGAGAUCAGCUCCAGUCUGGACCUGAAACAUGCUCGAUGAGACUCCGAGAAGAAGAACCACCUCCGGGAUCUGAGAGUUCUGGAUCUUAGAGUUUGAUUUCAUCGGAGUGAAGAUGUUUGCAGGACUGCUGGGGUUUGAGUGUCCCAGCAGCUCUCUGCUGCACCGCUGUGAGCUCAUGGAGGGUGGCCGGGCGUCGGGGACAGCUGGCAGCUCCGGGCGCAAGAGGUUCCACCGACGACUGGGGUACAUGAGAGGAGAGCCGUCCAGACCGCAGAGCUCGUCUCACGGGGAGGAGGAAGAGGAAGAAGAAGGGAACGCCGCUGGCAUCAGAAAACCUGGACGUCAUGCUGACAUCACUGCUGUCAAAGCGUCGUCAGCCAAUCAGGAAAAGCCUGGUCAACUCUCAUGUAGCACCUGGAGGAGUAAGGCUCCUCUCUGCUCUGUAACCAGUCCUCAUUCCCCCAAAGCAUGCUGGGAAAUCAACGGUACGUCCAGCCAGAAUGAACUCAGGUUAAACCCGAGUCCUGCAGCGUCCACGCAGGAAUCCUUUAACUCCAGUUUUAGUUUCAUACAAGAGUCUUUAAACUCCUCCUCCACGCCAUCACAGGGACAGAAACCACUAAACCAUUCCACUAAAGAUCCUCCCACUACACCAGCAUCCUUAGACGCCCUGCAUGGCGUCUCAAGGCAGUCCACUCCCGUCCAAUUAGAGCCGUCGGAGAGAGACGAGCUGACAUCGGGCGGGAAGUUAUGGCGGGAAUCUCUCUGGGCAAACAGGGAGGCGCCCGACCUGCCGGACUGUGACUCUCACUCUGUGGACAUAGAGAUCACCUCCUCGCUGUCUGUGGACUCAGACACCGCCUCCGCCUCCUCCGUCACCUCCGGGUAUGAGAGCGCCACGCCUGCCUGUGACCACGGCGUGGACAACCUGGUGAAGAAGUACGAGGGCGUGCUGCAGGAGUGUCUGCAGAACAACAGGACGCACACCAAGAUCGAGGCGAUGAUGUUGAAGCUGCAGAGGCUCCAGCAGAAAGCCAUUCUGGAUGAUGACUAUGAUGCAGCUGAGCGUUUUGGGAAGAAGCUGGAGGAGCUGUGCAGAGAGAGAGGAGCGCUGAAGCUCGGCCUACCGUCCACCCAGCCCAGCGUGGCUCUGUUCCUGCAGAGACUCACACAUGUGGUGCACAGCGCCCUCCAGAGGACGGACGCCAGCUACUGCAGGGAUGCUGUAGAUCCUGGUCCAGCGGAGCCGUGUGACUCUCUGCAGGCUCCACUUCAUCGACGAGAUCAUCUGAUUCAGGAGAAACGGCUGCUGGAGGAGGAGAUGUUGGAGCUGCAGCAGCGCCUGGCGGAGCUGAAGGACCGUCGUUUGCGGCUGGAGCAGCAGAUCCAGCAGGAGGAGCAGAGAGCGGAGGCCGAGGAGCUGGAGGGCUCGGUGCUGAGGAGCUGCGGCGUGGAGCAGCUCCGAGACGUGAGCCGGACCCUGCAGGAGCUCGUCUCUGCGGAGAGCCGCACGCAGAUCUCCGUCUCUCCGCCUCCGUCCAUCAUCAGACUCCAGGAGCAGGAGCAGGCGCUGAAUCUGUCCAUCAAAGAAGCCACUGCUAAGGUGGUCAUGAGUCAGAGGCUGGGCAGCAGCCUGAGGAGGAAAGUGAGCGAGACGGAGACGCAGCUUUUAACGCUGCAUGAAGCGAAGCUGGCAGCCAUCUCAGGUAAUGACUUCAGCAGUGCCAAGGAGCUGAAGGCGGAGAUGAAGGCGGUGUACCUGGAGCGGGACCGGCUGGAGGCGCUGGCCAAGCGUCUGCACAGCCUGAGCGCCGGGAGCAGCGGGGAGCUGAGCAGGAUGAAGGAGCAGAGGCAGCAGCUGAGGCAGGAGCUGGAGCAGAGGGAGGCCGUGCACGAAAGCCGCCUGAAGGAAAACACGAGCCAGUACAUGAAGCUGCUGGAGGACAGACUGCACAGCUGUGGCUGUCCUGGUCUGGAGCGGAUCUGGGAGGCCGACCUGGAGGCGUGCCACCUCUUCCUGCGGGGUCUCCAGUUGAGGACCCCGAGCUGCGGCGGAGCCGACGUGGAGGACCUCGCCUCUGCAGCAGCUUACCCCGCCACCCCACCUAGCACCAAAGAAGAAGAAGACUGCGCCAUGCUGACGGCGUUGGGUGGGCGCUGGUGUCCUGAGGCAAACUUGCAGAACUCGGAGUUCACGAAGAAGCUGGAGGAGUUUUUGUUCUGCAUGGAGGAGAAUCAGCCUGAGGACGUCUGCAGAGAGUCGGAGGCUGCAGACCUGACGGAGCGCUGCGAGCUGAUCAGCGACAGACUCAUGACCUUGGAAGAUGAAUUACAGACGGCCAUCCUGAACCAGGACCAGGCCCUCACCCUGUCUCUAGAGAAGGAAGUUCAGGACGUUAAAGCCACUUUACAGAGCAUGCUUGCCCAGCUCAAAGAGGACGAAGAGGAGGAAGAGGAGGAGGAGUUACAGGAUGAUGACCUGAUGAAAAACGGGACUGAAGAAGAAGAGGAUGAAGAGGAGGAUGAAGAGGAGGAUCAGUACUUCAGUGACAGCUGGGGAAUCUGAAAUGGACGUCUGUCUGACCCCGUCUCUGCAGGAGUGACCCCGCAUCCAUUUACUGUAAACCUUCACUCACAGAGCGAGACAGCGAACCUCUGAGGGUCCGCUCAGUUUCUCUGCAGAGCUUCUAGAAAAACCUUUUUAUCCGUCCACAGACGGGGACAUGAGGAGUGCAUUUACAUGGCCACCAGCCUUAUCUAGGUUUGAUCAUAUUCAUGCACACACAGAAACCUGCUCAUACACUCGCUCAGUUCAAUCCUAGUUAGCCAACAUGGCUGCAGAUCUGGUGCAUCCUCCUAAAGCAGGGGUUCUCAACCUUUUCAGCCUGUGACCCCCAAAAUAGAGGUGCCAGAGACCCCCCCCCCCCCCACACCUGAAGGGGGUUGAACACAGCCAUACACAAUCAAGAAUAAUGAUCUGCAGACAAGGUCGUCCAUGAGGGGGGAGCGACCAUGAAGUCAGCAAAAAUAUGGUCUAAUUUUAUCAAAUUUGUGAUAACCACAUUUCAUUUGUUUACUUGAAUAAUAGCCAGUGUUAUAAAAGCAAAAUUGUGUUUUUAAACUGAUUAAAAAUUGGCAAAUGGGCAUGACAAAUACAGUUAAAUUGGCAAAAUAGGCAUAAAAUUAGGUGACAAGGGGUUAAAAGUGACAAUAAUCGGUCAACAAAAGCAAAAUUAGGUGGGAAAAGUAAUGGAAAGGGUUUACAAGUGAUGAAAAUGUCUUAAAAUGGAAAAAAUAUGCAGAAAAGGCAUUAAAAUAUGAUUAAGAAGCAGCAGAAAUAGGAGUAAUGUGGCACAAAAUGUAUUUAAAGGGGCAAAAUUUGGCAAGAACAAGUGAUGAAAACAGGUUUAAAUUUGGCAAAUUUGGCUUAAAGUGGCAAAAAAGAAGCAAAAAUGGGCUCAAGUUGUGCAAAAAAUAUUCUUAGUUUCCUAAAAGGCGUGUGGCGACCCCUUCCCGGUGUCGGGGGUCCCGACCCCAACGUUGAGAACCACUGGGCUAAAGAAUCGAGACAGAAGAGAACAACAGGAAAACUUGAACAUGGGAUAUCCCAUCUAAGCUUACAGUUUCAGUUUAUCUUUAACAACCAAAAGAUGAAACUCUGUUCCUCCAUGGCUCCAGAAGUUUCCACUGCUGCUACCAUGUUUGUUUCGCCGAGACGUCAUUUUGCUGAGGCCGUACCUGGCACAGGUAGUCAGCGUUUACAUGCCACAGUAUCCUGUUAUUUUCUGAGUUCUCCAAGAAGCAAAACCAGGUUUCCUAAAUCUGGUUUAUAUUUGCACGCCCCAGGACACAAAACAGGAUGUUUAAAAUCUCAGAUCCAUGUAAAUGCACUCAGUGUCCCUUUAAUUCUCCUUUGGUCUCUGUAAAUCUGGCCAGCCGUUAUUUAAAGGUGCCUUUGAGUGUCUGUUCAACUUUGAGUCUUACUGAAGCUCUCAGAAAAGAAAAAGAACUUUUCAGACUGCAGUCAGAAAUGUUACACAGCUACUAAAACACUUUAUGAAUCGUGUAAGUGUGCUUUAAUUCUGUUUUGUUCUCCUGACCUGCAGCCAGAGUCUGGACCACCUGUCAGACGGAGCUGAGGGCAACCACUAUCACACAUCCUUCAAUCUUCUGCACAGAAGUUUGAGAUUUCACAGGAAAACUUCUGUAAUUGCAAAAAAGUUUAAAAGUUGGGAAAAAAACCCCUUUAAGUUGCAAUAAUUCCUGUUUUAUCCUGUUUUCACUGUAAAAUAUUAAACUACUCUGAGUUUCUUUAGAGGAAAACAUGGAUAAGAGUCCUGGAGACGAUAAUCAUGGAUUAAUAUUCCUUUAUACUGCUGCACUGAAUCUGAGCCCAGUCCACAUGUAGGCAGGUAUUGUUGAAUACUGAUGUCCCGUAUUAGCUGGGACGCCCCUUGUCCUGUGUAUUGAUGUUAAUUCUCUGUUCUCAGCAAGUAUCCCAUACCCACAUGUCAUGUGACUCCUGUUACUCAUGCCCCAUUUACACGACAAUGUUUAGAGUGAAAACGCAAAAGUUUUGUAGCGUUUUGAUGCCUGAAAACUGAACUUUUCUAAAAUGGGCUCCAGAGUGGAUGUUUUUCAAAACGCCCCCGUCUCUGUCUCCGUGUAAACAGGGAAACCGGCACUUUCUUGAAAUGGACAUGCGCACUGCGACUGCAGUAAAUAUCCAUAUGCGAGUAGGCUUUUAACGCACGCGCGGAUGGGAAGCCCAGAACAAAACAAAGAUGGCCGACACCAGUGUACUGUUCAUGCUCCUCACUCUUUUGAAUUUAACUGUACUUCAACAAAGUGUUGAUUUACCUCACCAUUACUUGGAUCAGCGGAGACGUAUUUCGUGCCUGCACCAGAUUCUGACUUGACCCAUACGCCGUCGCUGGUGCAGGCACAAAAAUCACACCGCCAUCUACUGGCCUGGCAUGUAUACUACAUCAUUUCUGGUGUUUCCUGCAGUCUCAUGUAAACGGAGAUUAUUUUGAACAUGAUGCUGUAUGAACGUGGAACUUUUUGGAAACGAAAACGGAAAACGAAGCAAAACGUUGUCGCGUAAACGUAGCCUCAAUCAUAGCCAUGUCAUACAUCAGUGAUACCUGCAGCACUAAAAGCCACAAACCCCACUGAGAGAAGUUUUUGGACUUUUUGGAUGGUUUUCUUUGGUCUGUGGAUUAAAAAUAAACUCUCCAAAAGAAACAACAAGGAAUAGGAAGCAACAGAGACGUGGCUCAAUAAGCUGGUGUUCUGAUGAUGUGAAUCCAUAUCAGAGUCUAUCCCUCACCCUGUUUACCCAUGUGCACAAAUGCAAAGAAGCACAUUUCGAUAGGUAGCAGAAAUCAGCAAAACACCAGUCACUGAUGCCUCGCUGAAAGCUUUCUGUACUUUGUGGCAUCAGGAUUUUUAAACGCCGUGGAGGUGAGCAUGACAGAACGAAGCAUGCUGCUGCAGAAAGUCCCACUAACAAAUAGAAAUACUGAUGUUUGUGACAUAGAAAACAAUAGAAGACUAAAAAUCCAGCAAGACAGAAGCAUCAGAUGUACCACACUCACAGGUGCAACACAGAGCUGAACUUCCUCUAUGGAGCAUGCCUGGUCACCAUGGUAACCAGGCAUGCUCCAUAGACUCAUUAUGUAAGGACUUUUCUCUAGUCUGUGACAGGACUGGACACUGUUAAGAGAAAUAUCCAGAAAGCAGUCGUCUUGGUGAGCCAUGCCUCUAUUUUGGAUCAAACAUAUGUUUUUACUAUCCUAAGACUCAUUGAGGAUUAUCCUGAAUUUAAACGAUUCUCAAAGUGGGGUCCAGGGACUGUCAGGGGUCAGUAAGGGACCUAAAGGGGGUCCCAAGUUACUAAUAAUCUUAAAAUGACAGAAUAUAAUAAUUAGUAAUAAUUAGUAGGGCUGUGGCUACCAUGUGGAGGCGUGUUUGUGGUGUGACUGCACACACUGAACCUUGACCUCCAAACAGUGGAGGUUUGGGAUGAAUACAGCCCCCUAGUGUUGAGGUGGAGUAUUGCAGAGCUACGCAGACACGUGUGCAGACUUGUAGGCUGUGUAGAUUCAGUGCAGAAGUAUAAAUCCUGUUUUAGUCUCCAUCUUUCUAAAUCUUGGACUAAAACUGAACAUUUGCAUGAUUUAACCACUCUGUUUUCUGUUUGACCAGACUUCUGCGUGUCACUUUGUUGAUGAAAUAACUGUGUGGUGCUACAGAACGUGAGCUAACUUGAACACUUUAUUUUUUUCUCUGCGUGUGAAAAAUCCAAUCUGAAGUUUAUUUUUCGCCUGAAAUGUUUGCUGGUUUAAGAAUGUCUCACAGAUUGUUUCAUGAAGGAAAUGUGUAACUGCUGUUUGUUUUUCUACAUUUAUUUAAUCUACCACUGAUGAUGAUGAUGAUGAUGAUGAAGUGUUUUUAUGUUAUUGUAGACGUUCUGGUCCAUUCCUCUUAUUGUGAGAAACAUUUUUGUACUCCAUGUGUUUUAAUUGUCUGUGCAGCCUGAGUCCUGCACCAUAUUUCAUAUUUAUUCCUUGCAGCUCUUCACUAAUUACAGCAUGUCCCAUUAAAGCUGA